UUUAAUGACAUCUGCUUUGUAUUGAACUGACAGAUGAUUCCCAUGAAGUGUUUGGUUGUUGUCGUAACCCAAUGAGUAAACCAUACAUUUCCACAGUCUGUCCCCUCACUGAUUGUCACAACUCUUCAAUUCUGGACGCCAUUAAACGUAAUAAUUCGUCUUCGAGUUCGCGUCGACAGCCCUCGAGAGUCGACAGUAUAUGCACUGAAGGUUCGUCAAAUUCAUCGCCGACUGGAGUGAAAAAAUUGAAAAAGUUUCAAACAAUUUGGUCGACAAUUAAGCGCUUUUCUCCGGUUCACAGAAUCAAGAAUUCAUACAAUAGGAGAAAAUUGUUUGAAAGAACUGAACGCUUGUAUUCAAGUCAUCCGGAUAUAAGUUGUAACAAUUUAGUUGUAUUGACGCAAAUCGACACUAAAAGGAGUCGCGACGACACCGAUGCCAUCACUUUAACCAAAUCAUCGCGAAAUAAGCACUCGUCACAAAUCAACCAUUUCUUUGCAGACAAUUCAGAUAUUAUUUAUUCGUUCAACAAUUCAAACCCUAAUCUCCAUGAAAUGAAUUCAAUAGAAGCCGAAAAUGUAAGCAUUUAUACAUCUAUUUACUUAACAUCAGUUUUGUAACUAAACAACCACUUUAGAAAAUAAUGUGUAUUUUGUAGACACUAUAAUAAAUAGAAGAAUACAACUAAAGUAUAC